UAAAAUGGAUAAGUCCCAAGCUUAUGAGGUUGUCCAAACCUUAGAGAGGUCAGAAGAAAUAGCUCAGAUGAUCAUUGAAGAAUCCAAAAUUGUCGAGACUGUACUCGGAGUCGACUGUGAGGGCAUCCUGAGAGGAAGACCUCUCUGUCUAAUUCAGGUUUUCUUCAAGAAUUGCACAUAUGUUUAUGACCUUUUAGAAUUUGACCCCUUCGCAGGACUACUCAGAGAUGUCAUAGAAUCCAAGAGUAUUAUAAAAGUCUUUCAUGACUUUUGUGAAGAUGCGGCAUCUUUAAUCACCCACUACGGAGUCAGGGCAGAAUGAGUUUUUGAUACCCAGAUUGCUCACAGGCUGUUUUCUAAUACCUUAAACCCUAGCAAAUGAAGUGAGAAUAAUUCAAUUAGCCUAAACUAUUUGCUGAAGACUCACCUCGAGACCUUUAAUGAAUACAAAGACUGCAUCUCAAAGAAAUUGAAUGAUGACAUUACUUUAUGGGAGAAGCGACCAUUGACUGAUGAAAUGAUAAACUACUCUAUUCAAGACGUCUGUUUUCUUCCAGAAGUUUACAGAGUUUUUCUUGAGAAAGUAGCCAAAUUCUCAAGUCUCAUUGAGUUCGACCUGAUCAGUGAUGUUUUUAAAGACAGCCGGAAAUGUAAUACCUAUGCAUACAUCAACAUCAACUGUAAGAACUUAAUGAGCUGUAAAGUUGGACAAUAUUUGACCGCAUUUUUAAAAUAAUUUUCAAAAGUUCUGAAUCUACUGAAGCCUAAACCUAGGCUGUACCGGAAUCGUACUUGACUCACAGUCUUUAAAAUUCAUCAAGAGUUAUUUCCAGAUGGGAGAUAUGCUUAACUUGGAGAUUAAAAGGAUUGAUAUUGAGGACAAGAAGAUAGUCCUGACUGUUCCUGACUAUUAUCUGAAGAUGGAUCCGGAUACGAUUUCGUACUACUGCUUCUAUGCGAAAUCUCAAAACGAGAAGAAGCUGACGAGGGAGUAUAUAAAUAUCUAUUACAACAAGAACCAAGCUGAGAGUGCCCCAAAAACUAAUUUGAAAUUAACUAGUAGAACAUUUUUCAAGACCACUAAUUCGGUCAGGGAGAGAGGAUAUUCUGACAACUCCAGCUCGAUAGAAGCUGGACUCGAUACUUCAACCAAACGGGCUUUGAAAAACUCCGAGUCGACUGAUAAGCUCCAGAAUAUUUUAGAAGAGCAGAAAACAGCUGUUCCUGUUGCCGGAGAGGUUGUUAAAAAGGUAGAAAAUCCUCCUGGUGAUAAUCCAGAAGAGUUACCUGAUGAAAUCCCGGAAAGGACUCACAGAAAGCGUAAAAUUAAACCCUUGAUUGAUAAUCAAGACGAGAAUGGCUUCACAGAAGUGCCCAGGGCUAAGAGAUAUUUCCCGAAGAGUCAUCAGGGUGGGGCCAAGUCCAAAAAGUUCACUAAGCAAAAGAGAAAAUGGACUAAACAAUAGCCAUCACGAUAUAGGUUUUUAAUUGAAGUUUGAUUUCA